CUCCCCUCCGGGCGGCGGGUGACAGCUGGGCUCGCGCUCCCGCUCGCGCCCGCGCUCCGGUAAGAAGGUUCACCUCCAAAGAGGAUGACGAGCAGCUUCGGUGGACCGACAGGGGUUCGGGACGCUGCGCUCUCGGUGCGUUCGGAACCCGUCGGUUCAGCUCGGGCUGUUUGUUCGCUCUCUCUCUGCUUUUGCCGCUCGUUUGUCCGCCUUAGAGGAUUUUAAAAAGAGCAGCGCGGCGGGCUGGAUCAUAUUUCCAAGUGGAUCAUCAUCAUCAUCAUUCUCGCGUUCGGAGAACAAAAAGUGUGCGCAAGGCACGGCACGCGGCUGCUGCCUGGUGCGCGUGAGAAAAAAAAAAAAAUUCCAGAAGCGAGAGAAAGAACUCCGCAUGUUUUUGUUUUCCGAGCUUUUUAGAAGUAGAUCAGUAGCCGGUGUUGAGAGUGAAACACUGACUGAGACGAGCGCAGAUCUCACAUGGAUUACUGACAGGACAAUGGACACUUAGUCCGCCGCUCCUCCGGCCAUUGAGGAGCGCAAGAGGAGAAGAGAAGAAUGCUGGGUUCCUCAUUGAAGAGACUUAUUUCAGCCUGUUCUUAAUAAUAAGGUUACAGUGAAGCGGUGAGCCGGGAGGGCAGUGCACGUGUCACCAUGAAGGGCGGGGCCUUGCUGCUGUAUGUCGCCCUGCUGCAGAUGGCCGCGGCUGUCUUCCCAGAAGACUCUGAGCCGAUCAGUAUUUCUCAUGGCAACUACACCAAGCAGUACCCUGCCUUCGUCGGGCACAAACCUGGGAGGAACAACACGCAGCGGCACAAACUGGACAUCCAGCUCAUCAUGAUCUUGAACAGGACCCUCUACAUUGCUGCCAGAGAUCACAUAUACACAGUGGACAUGGACUUUGCAAACACGGACGAGAUCUUCUUCAGCAAGAAACUAACGUGGAAGUCCAGGCAGGCGGAUGUAGACACCUGCCGAAUGAAAGGGAAGCACAAGGAUGAGUGUCACAACUUCAUCAAGGUCCUCCUUCAGCAGAACAACGACACCUUGUUUGUGUGUGGAACCAACGCUUUCAACCCCGCCUGUCGGACGUACAAGAUGGACUCCCUGGAGGCUGUUGGAGAGGAGAUCAGCGGAAUGGCACGCUGCCCAUAUGAUGCCAAGCAUGCCAAUGUCGCCCUGUUCGCCGAAGGAAAGCUUUACUCGGCCACGGUGACGGACUUCCUGGCUAUCGAUGCAGUCAUCUACCGCAGCCUUGGGGACAGCCCGACCCUUCGCACGGUCAAGCACGACUCCAAGUGGCUUAAAGAGCCCUAUUUUGUGCAGGCGGUAGAUUACGGAGACUUCAUCUACUUUUUCUUCCGAGAGAUCGCCAUGGAGUACAACACCAUGGGAAAGGUGGUCUUCCCCCGGGUGGCUAGGGUGUGCAAGAACGACAGGGGUGGCUCUCAGCGGGUGCUGGAGAAACAGUGGACCUCCUUCCUGAAGACCCGCCUGAACUGCUCCAUCCCUGGCGACUCCCACUUCUACUUCAACAUCCUGCAGGCCGUCACUGAUGUCAUCCACAUCAGCGGCCGUGAUGUUGUCAUGGCGACGUUCUCCACGCCUUACAACAGCAUCCCGGGCUCGGCCGUCUGCGUCUACGACAUGGCAGAGAUAGCCCACGCCUUCACGGGUCGCUUCAAGGAACAGAAGUCCCCCGACUCCACCUGGACGCCGGUGCCGGAGGAGAAGGUUCCACGACCGAGGCCCGGCUGCUGCGCCGGCACUCCGUCGACGGAGCGGUACAAGGUGUCCAACGAGUUCCCCGACGACACGUUGAACUUCAUCAAGAUGCACCCGCUGAUGGACGAGGCCGUGCCGUCCAUCGCCAACCGGCCGUGGUUCCUCAAAACAAUGGUCCGGUACCGCCUGACGCGGAUCGCCGUGGACAAUGCCGCGGGCCCCUAUCGGAAUCACACUGUGGUUUUCCUGGGCUCCGAGAAGGGCAUCAUCCUGAAAUUCUUGGCCAAGAUGAGCAGCGGCUUCCUGAACGACAGCCUCUUUCUGGAGGAGCUCAGUGUCUUCAACCCAGAGAAGUGCAGCAUCGACGGCGUGGAGGACAAGCGCAUCAUCAGCAUGCAGAUCGACAGCAAGGGCCACGCCCUGUUCGUGGCCUUCAGCUCGUGCGUCGUCAGAGUGCCCCUGUCGCGGUGCGAGCGGCACGGCAAGUGCAAAAAGUCCUGCAUCGCUUCCCGGGACCCGUACUGCGGCUGGGUGGCGGACGGAACCUGCGGAGAAGUGGUGCCGGACACAAAAUUGGCGUUUGAACAGGACGUGGAGAAUGGCAACACAGAUGGACUGGGAGACUGCCAAAACUCAUUUGUGGCCCUGAAUGGCCACCCCUCCCACCCACUCCACACUACCGCACAGCCCCCGGCGCGAGGAGCCCUGGGCGGUGGCCACGUCGCUGAGCCGGAGGAUCGCCCCUUGCCCGCUGAUAAGAGGGACCCCUACAUCGCCGUGCCCUCGGAGAACCAACAGGACGCCAGCGGAGUGAUUCGGGAGACCUUCCAGAAGGGGCACGAUCAGCUGGUUCCAGUUACUCUGCUGGCCAUUGCAGUCAUCCUCGCCUUUGCUAUGGGUGCCAUCUUCUCAGGCAUUGUGGUGUACUGCGUGUGUGAUCACCGGCGGCGGGACCUGGAGCUGUCCGGCCGCAGGGACAAAGACCCAACCCAUUCCAGGAGGGGCUCCAUGAACAGUGUCACCAAACUGACGGGUUUGUUCGAGACCCAGGCCAAGGACGGCCGACCCGAGGCCGUACUCACGCCGCUCAUGCACAACGGGCGGCUAAGUGGGCCUAACGGCAAGGUUCUGAUCAAGGCAGACCAGCAUCACCUGGACCUGGCUGCCCUGCCUACACCAGAGUCAACUCCCAUGCAGCCCCGGCGCAAGCCAAGUCGUGGCAGUCGCGAGUGGGAGAGAAGCCAGAACUUGAUCAAUGCCUGUACCAUGGAUUUGGCACCCAUGGGCUCGCCAGUCAUCCCCACGGACCUACCGCUGCGUGCUUCACCAGGCCACAUCCCCAGCGUGGUGGUGCUUCCACUGCCCCAGCACCAGCAGGCCUACCAACACGAGUACGUGGAGCAGCCCCACCCGGACGAUCAGGCAGCCACACUGGAGUAUAAGGCGCUGAAGAGCCCCUGCCGCAGCCUAGGCCUAUCGGAGAAUGACGGUGUCCCACCUCGCGUCCCCCAGAGAGAGGCCUCAUUAAGUGUGCCCCCCGCCGUGCCACAGAUGGGCAAGCGGCUUGAGGUGCACCCAUCUGUUUAUGGCCAUGAAUACAAGCGGGGCUACCCACUCGGCAGCCAACAGAAGGGCUCCGCCCUCAAGAAGCACAACACCAACUCCUCCAAUUCUUCACACCUGUCCAGGAAGCAGAGCUUCAACCGGCUGGAGAGCCCUCCUCCAGCACCCCAGCGCGUGGACUCCAUGCACAUGAGCGCCCAGACACAGGGUGUGUCCCUGUCCCGCCAAUCGAGCGUGAGCUCCUACGGCUCGCUGCCCCGCAUGGGGGCCAAACACCUCAAGCCAGACGUGCCGCCCAAGCCCUCCUUGGUGUCCCUCUCCACAAACAUGAAGUCAAGCGACUCAUGUACAUAAUCCUCCCUGCGGAGCCCGGGAACACGAUUGCAUCUGUUCUGUCUCUUGUCGGUGUACAGCAAAUACAACACAGUUUUUAAUUUUUUUUACAUAUAUAAAUAUAAAUCUAUAUGGGACAGUUGUUGAGUUCAGGCUGUCGGAUCUGGAUUCCCAGAAGAUGCGGAAUAUCUGCUGCGGAACGGGCACGCAAACAAGCCACUGACACAAGUCACCAACAGGCGGCAUCGCUCUGUAGCAUUCUAUAAAGUGGAAGAGUUAGACUGCAAUUAACACGGCGAUAUGAUGGACGCAAGUUCUUUUUUCGUUCUUGUCUUUAACAGACUGCCAAAAGCACAUGACUGUGAUAAAACUGGAGUUCUUGCUGGGUAGCAGGGAGCUGGCCUACGUUCAAGUGCUCGGGCACAGCGAGCACGAACUCGGGCGGCAGCCGGAGUUUGACUUUGUGCAGGAAAACUGUGAAACGCCUCUCAGUGUUACAGCAACCAGCGACCCAAUUGCAUUCAACAUCGGCGAAGGCCGAGGCCUACGAGUCUGCUACUGUACUGGUUACUGAAUAACACGUAUGACUGUUUAUACUAAUAUCUUGUUGUAUUUAUUAUUUAAUAAGUGCUUUUGGAGAAAAAAAGAGACAUGUUUUUUUUUAGGCUCAGAAAAAUUCUUUUAAUAUUAAUUAAUCACGUGUGAAAUUAUUUAAAGUCAUGAAACUGGAGCCAGUCUUUUUUUUCUUUUUUUACUUUUUCUUUACUUUUUCUUUUGGUCAAACAAGCCCACCGAUGUGUUGGGCCUCAGAUUUUUGAGUCUAGAGACUACGUGUGACCUCUGGACGGAGGAAUAUUUAUUUACCUGUGCCAGGUGGCUCUGCAGCAGAGCUGGGACCCAUUCAUAAACGUGGAGCGGAACCUCCCACGCGGUCGGAACUACAUGCGGAACUCCCGAUACCACCUCCCAGCACCCCAACCCCUUCCACACGAACACACACGCGCCUCCAUGGGCAUCCACUUUUUAGCACUGUGGCUGGAGCCGGCGCUUCUUCUCCUGAGGAUCCCCGGUGCUUCUCUGUGCCAUCCGGGUGCACCACUGCAUGUGCGAAUGCAGCAGCGGCAACAACGAUAACAACGUGCCGAAGGCGUCGACACACGAACGGACGCGUCCGAGUCGGCGUUCUGCAAAAGCGUACUUUUUUUUGCCAGGCAUCGAAAUGCAUCCUGUCUAACCCUAUCUCACAGGUCCUUUACUGGAAUACAUUUGUUUAAAAAAGAAAAAAAGAAAAAUAGCCUGUUUUUCUUCCACCUGUAAAUGUGUGCCUUACACCUGAGUAGUGAGGAUUUCUUUAGCUGUUAAAUAUCUUUCCUUGUAGUUUUUAAUGAUGAGAUAUUUCCCUUGUCUGAUUAAGGCAAAUAAAGAAUGUAGAUGUUCUUGUUGUAA